AUGAGUCAACCGUUUAAAUAUUUCGAUCAACAAGUAGCUGGUCACGAUAAACUGAUGCUCUUGACAACUUCGACUGAUGACUUAAUGAUUAUAAAACCAUGCAAGCCAAAAGAGGUCAACUUUUAUCAAGACGCACAAAACUACCUAGAGUUCCUUGACUUUCUUCCUCAGUGCUACGGUACGUUGCGUGCGGCCACUGAGCACGAUCUUUCAAUACUUGAAACAUCUGAGCUCGUGGGUGAUUCAACAAACUGUUACCUGAUGGAAUCUGUUCAGGGACUUGACCAACAAGAACAAAAUGUCUGUUUGGAAAAUAUUCUUCAUGGCUUCACUCGGCCGUGCAUCAUGGACUUAAAGAUGGGCUCAUUAUUAUAUGAUGCAGAUGCCUCAGAGGAAAAAAGACAAAAGAUGAUUUCUCAGUCAGUCAAUACGACCUCGAGUACAUUAGGAUUAAGAAUAUCUGGAUUAAAGGUGUAUGACACAGUGGAACACCGUUACGCAACCUAUGAAAAACGAUUUGGAAAGACGAGAACAAUCGAGAACACAGUCGAAGCGAUCAUGGCCUUCUUGUUUCCAACAUCAGCCUAUGGAUUAAAAACCGAAGAAUACAGAAAUUACUCGAGCGAGGAUCAACAAAAGAAAGGCGAGCCUAUACCCAGUAAAUAUAUGCGUUGGAUCAUCGAGUGCUUCAUUGACACAUUACAAGAGAUGAAGGAAGCCAUUGUCUCGAUGCCAAGCUUGCAACUGAUCGGAUCAUCCUUGUUAUUUGUGUAUGAAGGAGAUAGAGCAGCUGCAGAAAAGACAUGGAAGUACAUGCUCGAUGAGGAUCGCCAAAAGGGAAAAGGAAAGCAAACAGAUGAAGAAGAAGAAGACGAUAACUUGGCGCCCAAGAUGUGCGAUUUGCGGCUAAUUGAUUUUGCACAUUCAGAUUGGCAUUCUGAACGACAGGAACAGGAUCCAGAUCUCGUCAAGGGAUUUGAUAAUAUCAUUGACAUUUUAUAUCAAUGCUUAAAAAUACAACGUCAAGAAAAACUGUAG